AUGAAUCAACUCCAGAACGAUGAUAUGAGAAUCGCCCAAUUGCGUGCGAUCGAGGCGGAACUUCUUCAAUCGGCCAGCCAUCCGCCAGAUCCAUUUGUGUAUUUUCCAAAAAAUCUGAUUCGCGCUGCCACAUUAAGCAGCGAAGAGUGGAAUAUUCGGAACUCAGCGGCUAGCGGAAAUUUUGUCGAUGAGCAACGAUCGCGGCCAAUUCGAAUGUCGCGCCGUUUACACAAUCAACGAAAUGAGCCGGUGUCGAAUCAUCGAAGCUCUGACAUGCCAUUACGCCAACAUCGUUCUCGACCGACACCAGCGCACGCGGUCAAUCCGCUGUUUCGCGAUCAAAACGACGAGAAUGUUCAACCGGUCCGAUCACCUGAACGUCGGAGGCCGCUAUCACCAACACAAUUGCCCGGAGUUCGAGCCAUUCCGAAAGAGUACAACAGAGUGUUUCGAGGACUUCUAACUCCUGGAGAAUAUUUCGCCAAGUCACAUACUCGGUACUUGGGUCCGUUUGAUGAGAUGCCAACGGUUGAAACAUUGCCAUCCGGCGACAACUAUAUCCUCUUACAGAGAAUGGGUCGUCUACCUGACAGCGGAAAAUCGAUUUUCCGCCAGGUCGGUGCGCUUCACACAUAG